AUGGCGAUUGAAGAAGCAACGAGUGGUGUCACAAUGCUAAGUCACAAUCAUCCUCUGUAUUUGCGACCUUUGGAUUCGCCAGCAAAAGGCCAAAUCAUGCUUAUGAUUCCUACUCUUACUAUCAGUGAGGCCUAUGGGAUAGUAGUUCAGGAUGAGAGUCAACAAGCAAAGACAAUGACUAUUAGUGGCUUGGAGAUAGGAGCAACAGCUAUGGCAUACAACUCAGGACAAGGACACACUAAAGAUGUUUGUUACAAGUUGGUAGGUUAUCCACCUGACUACAAGCCAAAGAAGAAAACCUUUGGAAGAAACACGGCAGCAACACACAAUGCACAGGUUGACUAUUCAAAAGGACCAACAAACCAAGGAAGCUUUGGAAUAGCAUUUACAUGGAACUUCUUCACAGAGGAGCAGUAUAAACAACUACUUCAACUGCUCAACCAGAACACAACACCUAUUGAAAUAGCAGCUCAUGCCAAGGUCACAAGUAUACCAUUAUCACUCAUAAGCAAAGUUAAGCAGGAUAGGUGGAUUAUAGACUCAGGUGCCACUAACCAUAUGGUAUUUAAUUUGGAUUUUUUCACUGAUUUUAUGGAGAUACCUAAAGGAGAAGGUAGGAAAGUGCAGCUGUCAACUGGUGAAACUAGUAGGAUUACACACCUAGGAUCCUCUAGUAUUCUCAAUGGUUUACCAAUUAAAAAUGUCCUGUAUGUGCCACAGUUUAGGUACAAUUUACUAUCUGUUUCACAACAUACAAGGGACAUUGGAUGCUUCAUUGUCUUCUUUCCUGCUUGGUGUCUCUUCCACGACAUUUACAAUGGGAAGGUGAAGGGGAUUGGUAAGCUUGAGGAAGGACUCUAUGUGUUGGAUCUCAAGCAUAAAUCAAAUCUCAAGUUGCCAAUUGGUGUUAUUACUUCUGCUUUAGUAAUAAAUAGAAUAAGUGGCUCUUUGUGGCAUAAAAGAUUAGGUCACAUUCCUUUAGAUGCUUUGAAGAGAUUACCAGCAUUUCACAAUAAGGCAUUUGUUGAUUAUGUAUGGGGACCCUUUAAGGUUCCAACUUUUGAUGAUAAGAGAUAUUUCCUGACUCUUGUUGAUGAUUUCAGUAGAGUUCCUUCUAGAAUUUUGUCUGGUAAAUCACCUUUUGAGAUGGUUCACAAGAAUGUCACCCUAGAUCAUCUCAAGGGUUACAAACUAUAUGACUUGCACAAUAACUACCCUUUUGUGAGGAGAGAUGUUAUCUUCAAGGAAGAUGUGUUUCCUUUUCUUCAACACAUGAACAGCCCCAUGAAGGAUCAACAAGUUCAUAUUAUAACUCCAUCCUAUGAUUCUGACUCUGAUGAUCUUGUGUUGACUCUACCUCACCACUCCACUACAUCACAAGACACUUCAUCAUCUGACUUGGCAUACUUGGAUGAUUCUAUUGCUGUCACUCCACCACAUAUUCCACACACUGAAGAUCUUCAAGGUAGUUCUACAAGUCCCGAUGAUCUUUCAUUUCCAGAUGAUUUUUCAAGUUGUCCUGCCUAUCACACUACUAUAGUUCCAUUCCCUAAGGUUCUUCCUUCAUCUGUUGCUGAUGACUUAACAGCUACUGGGAUCAGAAAAUCCACUAGGCCUUCUAGGCCUCCUAUAUGGAUGAAUGAUUAUGUGGUUGGCCAAAAUGCUAGAAAGACUUAUUCAGCAGAGAUUGAACUCAGUUCAUUCUCAGAAGCAGCUAAGGAUCCUAAAUGGGUGUCAGCAAUGCAUCAAGAACUCCAAGCCUUGAAAGACAAUGACACUUGGAGCAUAGUUCCUUUACCUCCUAAGAAGAACUGUAUUGGAUCAAAAAUGGUCAUAGUCAGGACCAUCAUUGCCUUAGCUGCACAUCAUGGCUGGCUUAUCUACCAAAUGGAUGUUCAUAAUGCCUUCCUUCAAGGUGCUCUUGGAGGAAGUGCUUCCAGGCAAUGGAAUCUUAAGCUCACAGAUGCCUUGCAUAAAAUGGGCUUCACACAAAGUCACUAUGAUCACUCUCUCUUCAGUAAAAGAGAAAGUUGUAGUCAAGUGCUCGUUCUCAUCUAUGUAGAUGACUUAUUAGUCACUGGUAGUGAUGUUCAUUUGAUUGAUAAAACUGGAGCAAAUUUAUAG